UGAUGUUUUGAAUUGAAUUGUGUUACGUUUUUCGUUGUUUUGUUCGGGUCGUUUUGAACCAAUAAUAUGGGCAUAAAUUUAUUUCUCAGUCAUCGAAUCCAGUGACCAACACAGUAGAAUUAUGGCACCGGACACCAUCGGUGAUAAGGCCGAAGAGCUGCCACAAGCGCACAACGCCCAAGUUGAAGACUCGACUUCAGCAGGGGGGUACCCUAGGGCUUCGGGCGAUGCGAUUAAUAGAUCAAAUGAACAAUGGCAAUUAUUGAUGCAAACUCAAAACGCCCAGAUGAUGGAAUUAAUUCGUAUGAUUAAUGCUAAUGUUGGCAGAGAACCAGAGUCUGCAUUGCCCAUCACAUUGCCCGAAUUUAAUCCCGAAGAAGAGGGAGCAGACGCGGUGGCAUGGUGCAAAGUGGUUGACAUUCGCCUCGGUCAAUACCCGCUUCAAGGCCGCGCCCUCAUCAUUGCACUGAGCAAAUCAUUAAAGGGCAGCGCAUCAACCUGGCUAUCCCAGGUGACAUAUGAGGGCAUGACCUGGGACGAAUUUAAAUUAAAUUUUCUCGCGUGUUACGACUCCGAGAAUACAUGCGCGGCAACAAUGAUAAGUAUCAACAACAGCCGCCCUAAGGAAGAAGAAUCCUACGCAGCUUACGCCAGCCGGAUAGUGAACUCUUUUCUAACAAAAUGGAAGGAUUUAACACCAGAACAAAUCGCAGUUUCUUUUGUGCUAGCUCACAUAUCCCGAUUCGACACCAGAGUUCAAAGGAUGGCUCAUAUGACGGAUAUAAUGACACGCGAAAAACUUGUCCAGGAGUUGUCAGAGUUUUCUUAUUUGAAACAUAAACUGCAACCAAAUCCCGUUGAAAAUAAUGAUCUAACACCGGAAAAACGAGUUAAAAGAGUUCCUAUUGAACGCCCUGCUAGAAAACGCAAUAGUACGAAACCUAAGAAGGCUACUGCUACGUCAAGUAAGCCUGCUGUGGACAUUGCGCCCGAGAUCUGUUAUGAAUUACAACCAAAUUCGGAUGAAAAUGUACUUAAACUUAAACUAGUUAAAAGUACUAUUUCUAUUGAACGGCCGGUCAGGAUUGCCAGGAAGCGUAAGAGCACCAAACCAAAGACGGCUACGGCAACGUCCAGUACGCCAAUGGAUGUGAUGCCUGAGAUUUGUUAUCGCUGCGGGGAGGGAGGUCACAACGCCAUUGAGUGCCCGAAGGCGAGUGCCACUGCCCUUUCGGAGCCGGAACCCAAUAGCUCGGCCAGUGCACAGAGCCACGUGGAUUCCAGUAAACACGACUGUGUGUGCUGUGGUGGCCCACAACCUACCACGAGAACCUUACGUCAUCGUCAGCCAGAAACAAUUAGCCACACGGAUUUGCUCGCGGGUUCGUCCUCGGCAGCUACAAAUGGUACCAUAUAUAUAGAGAUUAUGAGUGAAGACAAAAACCAAUCAAACGGGGAAGAUGUGAUGCCCGCAGUAUCGCGUCUAGAAUCGUCGUCAGUAGCUCGAAAUAACACGAUAUAUAUAGAUACAGAGGCAAAUCAAGACUUAAUAAACGAGGAAAUUAAGGCAACUGACAAGUAUGUCGAAGACAUAAAUCAGAAUGUAAUCCAAGCAAGUGUGGAAAAUGGGGCAAGCGAUGUGUAUGCCGAGUUAGUCCUUUUAGAGCAGCACGCGCUGGUUAUAAAUACUGAAGAGAUAGAGUGUGGAGUGUGUAUGGACAAUUAUCAACCUGGUCAAGGGGCAGUUCUUAGAGAAUGCGUUCACGCGUUUUGCAAAGAGUGCCUCUCAGACGUCGUGAAGCACUCCGAGGAGCCAUCAGUUUCAUGCCCCGCCAUGGGCUGCCCUGGGUUUCUGGAGGAGCGGGAAAUCCGCGCACUCGUAUCUCCAGAGGAAUAUGAGCGAUGGCUGGCGAAAGGCCUGGCCGCCGCGGAGAGCGGCGCUCGAAACGCAUUCCAUUGUCGAACCGCCGACUGCCAGGGGUGGGCGAUGUGUGACCCAGAUGUUAAAAGGUUUCUCUGUCCUGUUUGCGAUGUUAUAAACUGCGUUACCUGUCAGGCCAUUCACGAGAAUGAAACUUGCGAAGAGUAUCGCGCCAAGCAAAAAUCUGACGAAAAGACCAAAACAUACCUCGAUAACUUGUUGUCGCGCGGAGAAGCCAUGCAGUGCCCAGAAUGCAGUGUUAUAAUAACAAAACAAUUGGGGUGCGACUGGAUCAAGUGUACAGCCUGCAGGACGGAGAUCUGCUGGGCCACGCGCGGCCGGCGCUGGGGCCCGGGCGGCCGCGGCGACACCAGCGGCGGCUGCCAGUGUCGCGUCAAACGGAAGAAGUGCCAUCCUUCUUGUCGCGAUUGCCAUUAGAUUAUUAUAGUUUGACCAACCGUCGUGUUACUAGAAAGAAAGUGUGAUAAGAAGGGGCGUAAAGCCUGCAGGUAUACAUUCGUUUAAAAUUUUGCUCGUCAUAUCCCUCGGUUAUACUUAUCAUUCUGUGAGAUGUAGACCUCGCGGUAAUAAGCUUAGUAAAAGCUUAAAAAAUGUGAAAAUAAAAUACUUCCCCGAGUCAUUAUCACAACGAACUCACAAUGGUCUAAGUGCCAUAGAUUCUACUGGCACUUAUGCAAAUUUCUACCACUUCGAACAUUUCCCAAAAAAGGAAACGAAUGACUUACUAGGUACUUACUGAGCAGGUUCAUAAAAUUUUACGGAAUCGGUUGAGAAGAGAAAUGCGACCUGUAGGGCUACCGCCAAUACCGAAAAUCGUCAAUUGCGGGCAUUUUUCUCUGUCACUCUAAUUACGCCUUCAUUGGAGUAAAAGAGUAAGAUCCCCGCAAUUUGCGAAUUUCGGUUUUCGCGGUAGCCCCUCUGUGCCCUGUUUAUCAAAAGCUUGUAACUUGUAGUACCAGUGGAAGUCCCUGUAUAACAAAAGCUGUCAUGAAGUGACAUCCGCUUGUAUUACAAGUUACAAGCUUUUGAGAAACGGGCCCCAGUGCCCUGUUUAUCAAAAGCUUGUAACUUGUAAUACAAGUGGAAGUCCCUUUUUGACAGCUUUUGUUAGAAAGGGAAUUACACUUGUAUUACAAGUUACAAGCUUUUGUGAAACGGGCCCCUGUAGAGGAGAACAUCUGGACUCACGAAAGCAUUUUUGCUCAAGCUGAAACGGAGACCUUCGCUAACGCUCGGUCUUAUACUAAGUAUACUGAUUACUGUCAUUAGGGGUCAUCCAUUAAUUACAUCACACGUUUAGGGGGGGGGGGGGUCAAGAAAAUGUGACAUGUUGUGACAAGGGGGAGAGGGGAGUCACAAACUUUGUGACGUCACUUUAACUUCAUCAGUAACCAAAAUUUUAUUUUAAUCAUUUUAUUUACUGUACAGUUCAAAAACAAGUUUUUGGAACGAUAAUCGUUUUUAUUACUUUAAUUUUUUUCAUAAUCAGUUUUGGGUUAUAAAUUUACUAAUAUUUUGACAAAAAAAUAAUAAUACUUAAUUCGAUUUGCCGAUUUCGUUGAAAAAAUGUGACGUCACACCAGGGGGGGAGGGGUUUGCCAAAUGUGACCAAGUGUGACAAGGGGAUGAGGGGUCAAAAAACCUUGAAAUGCGUGUGACGUAAUUAAUGGAUGACCCCUUAUGGUAUGCCAGGUAACGAUAUGCAACUGAAAAGAUUAUAUAUUUACAGUACAUACACUACACAAUAAUGCACUAGUGCGGGAAACAGCACUUUCCGUGCGUAUGUCAAAAGUUUAAAGGGCCAUAUGUACGAUACACGUUCGAAUAAGUAAUUCGCAACUCGUGUCGAUUUAAAACACUCCCUUCGGUCGUGUUUUAAUUUAUCACCACUCGUUUCGAAUUUCCUCUUUUCCGCACUUGUAUCGUAAAUAACUAUUACAAAUUAAUUACUAUACAAGGGGAUGGCCCUUUAAAUUUUCGACUUAGGCACGGAAAGUGCUUAUUCCCGCAGUAGUGGGGGAAAGUAGGACCAUUUGUACUAUAAAUCUGUAAAUGAAAAACAGGCAUGCUUUCGUGAUUUUUCUACUUUAAACUUUUAAGGUUUUGGGUGGAAUCUGCCCUUGCCAAUGUACAGUCAGCUGCAGAGAAAAGGUACCCCCCUGCAUAGAAGUUUGUAUGCAAAGGUGCUAAGCGAAUAGUAUUGCAGACUGUUCCUACACCUAGUCUAGUUUCCGUGUGAAUUUUUUAAUGGCAUUUGCCCGUGAUUAAAACGUAAAAAUUUAAUAUAAAAACAAGGUGCAAUUUUGUGUUAGCCCCCUCUUGAAAAAUAUUGAGGUUCCUGCCUUCGGGUUGGUUGGUCGGUUGACGUAGUAGGCAGUGUCCAAAUUUUGCUGUCUUCUUAUAUUAAGUGGGGCUGUGAACACAGUGUACGGUACGGCCGCCAGGUUUCCCGUCAAGGCCUUAGAGCUGGAUUUUCCGGCUUUUAUCUAGUCGUACUAGACACUAAUAACACGAUGGUAAGCCAGACUACUACAGUUGAUUUAUGUUCAAAUGAUCUUAGUCAGGAAUAUUUUUAUUUUUUUAUUCCAUAAUGUAAAUGGUACAAACUGCAGUCGUCAACCUUACAAAUAAUAAUGUAUGAUUGUUA